AUGGCCACGCUCGACUCCCUAAAGUGGGCCCUGAGGCAGAAUGCCACGGCAACUGCCAAGCAGCCGUUGUCCGACAAGCAGUAUAGCGCCGGCUUCGACAUUUUAGUGCGGGGCUCCGGGUGGCUCUCGUACCAAGACUUCGUCAUCCCUCAACUCUCAGUUCUGCUCACUCCGCUUUUCAACUCGCGUGCCCAUAUCUCGGCACUAGAAAUCGGACCUGGCCCAAAGAGCGUACUGGGGUCUCUGCCCGGCCAUCUGAGACGGAAGAUCAAGAAAUACACUGCAUUCGAACCUAACGGCUUGUUUGCCACAGGAUUGGAAGAAUGGCUUUGCUCUGGCUCCGAGACGGGGUCCCCGUUUCCCUGCCUAGAAAGCCUGCCCGACAUCCGUCGGAUUCCAUUUACCCUGGGAGAUGAAGGCGGCACAGAUAGCGGGACAAGUGACGACGAUGAACAAUACGAUGUCAUCCUAUUCUGCCAUAGUAUGUACGGCAUGAAACCCAAACGCAGAUACGUCGAACGGGCGGUGGAAAUGCUUGUGGAGGACCCCGAGGGUGGAAUGGUGACAGUUUUCCACCGCGACGGAGACCUGCACCUGGACGGUUUGGUAUACCAUCGGACGGUUUCUUUUCCCACAGGCGUCGUCCGCGUGGCGGAUGACGACGAGGUUCUGGACCUUUUCGCUUCUUUCAUCGCGGGAUAUGUCAUGCAGGAGGUGGACGCAGACAAGCCUAUCCGAGUCAAGUGGCGUGAGCUGUGCCGCACCUUGGGUCGCCGCGAGGAAGCUUGCCCAGACCACCUCGUGUUCAGUGCUCCCGACCUCAUGGUGUCCUUUACCAAACAUGCGACCACGUUGCCGGAGCUGAUGGCGCAGGUGCCACUGGUUGAGGGCGAUAAGACAGUUAAGAAUCGAGAGGCUCGCCUCCACCGCCCCGCCUCGGUUGUUAGACCUACGGAGAUCCAACAUGUCCAGCACUGCGUCCGAUGGGCUCUGAAGCACGGAGUGAGUCUGACCGUCAUCGGUGGGGGUCAUAGCGGUCACUGUCUUUGGCCCAACGUUGUCUCGGUCGACAUGGGCGCUUUUGACAAAGUACACAUUCUUGCGGUGGGGGAUGAUAGAGGAGGUUCCGAUCUCGACUCCAUUUCUUUGGUUGUUGCCGAGGCCGGCUGCAAGACAGGAGAUAUCGUCCACGAGACCAUGAAGGCUGGCCUGAUAGUGCCCCUGGGGGCCCGCCCAACCGUAGGUGCCGGGCUCUGGCUACAAGGCGGCAUUGGGCAUCUGGCUAGGUUGCAUGGGCUCGCGUGUGACUCCAUCGUUGGUGCUGUUGUGGUCAGCGUCGAUUCUGGCGAGGUCCUCAGCGUCGGCCAUGUCCCAAGCCAGCACCAGCCGGCAGGUGCCGUUCGCCGAGAAAACGAAGCUGACCUAUUAUGGGCAUUGAAAGGCGCCGGGACAAACUUUGGCGUCGUGGUCAGCGUAACCUUCAAGGCUUACCCGGCUCCGACCUACAUGACUCGAAACUGGGUUGUCCCGCUUAGCGACAAAUUCGAAGCUCAACUGAGACUCGGCGAUUUUGACAAACUAGUCGCUAGCGAACUCCCCCGGACUUGCUCUGCCGACGCUUAUCUUUUCUGGGACGCUGAUCAGCUGCAACUUGGAAUGACCACGUACGAAUCUUCCAGGACUACGAACAACUUUGUGACAGGCACGCAUAUGGCUCUAAGUGACUUGUGGGGGCCGGAAGUCGACUCCAAAAUUGUGGACAGCGUCGGUUUGUUCGAGACCGAGAUGUACAUGUCUGGAAUGCACGGUGGUCACGGUAGAGGCAAGACUUCCUCGUUCAAGCGAUGUUUGUUCUUAAAAUGCAUCGGAGGAAUGAAGAUCGCCGAGCGCUUGGUGGCAGCCGUCGAGACUUCUCCAUCGCCACUGUGCUAUCUCCAUCUGCUGCAGGGCGGCAGAGAAGUCAACGAUGUUGAGGCCGAUGCCACGGCCUUCGGCUGUCGAGACUGGGACUUCGCCUGUGUGAUAACCGGUGUUUGGCCUCGCGACAAAGACGGCACUGAAACCGCACGAUCUGCUAUGCAAUGGGUUUACAAUGUCGCAGAGGACUUGUUGUCCUUCAGUACUGGAGUCUAUGGUGCCGACCUUGGGCCAGAUCCCAGAGACGCAACGCUGGCAGGUCACGCGUUCGGACCGAACCGGGCGCGCCUGGCCCGGCUCAAACGGAGCUUGGACCCACGCAAUGUGCUGGCUUAUGCUUGCCCGCUCCCAAAAGCGCCGGCGGGACCGAAGCUCAUCAUCCUUGUCACCGGCAAGAGCUGCGCCGGCAAGGACUAUUAUGCCGAUGUCUGGGUCUCCGUGUUCACGAGCUGUACCAACAAAACCCUUACAGCACGGACUGUCAGCAUCAGCGACGCGCUCAAGCUAGAAUACGCCGUGGCUACCGGAGCCGACCUGGACUUCCUCCUUGGGGACCGUGCUUACAAGGAACAACAUCGGCCAGCGUUGACGACAUAUUUCCAAGAACGGGUGCGUCAAAAUCCUCAGCUGCCCAAAAAACACUUUCUGGAAGUGGUACACGGCGCCGAGGACGUCGACGUGCUGCUGAUCACUGGAAUGAGAGACGAGGCCCCAGUUGCAGCAUUGUCACAUUUGGUGCCAGACAGCAGACUGCUGGAGGUUCGCGUCCAGGCUAGCGAUCAAAUGCGGCGUGCUCGCCAAGGGUGUCACGGCGGCAAGUACGAUGGCGACAACAACAACCAGAACAGUAGAGAGAACAAUGACAGCAAUAGUGGUGGAUCAAAUUUGCCUUCCUCGGACGCCCGCCCGAGUUUCUCCUUCGACAAUGACACGGCUGGAGACGAGGCGGCAAAGGCGUUCGCCGAAGAUUACUUGCUUCCCUUCGUCCACGAAGACCUGGAGCGACUGGCCCAGAUGGUGCGCUCGAUACCCGACUUCCCCCGCCGAGGCAUCGAGUUCCGCCACGUGCUCGACAUCUCCCAGCAGCCCGAUGGCCUGGCGCUGUGCGCGUCUCUUCUGCAAACCCACUUCACAGGCGAUUGGGCCAAAGUCGACGCAGUGGCAUGUUGUGAGGCCGGUGGGCUUGUCUAUGCGUCGGUGCUGGCCUCGCGGGUCGAUGUGCCGUUGGUGCUCAUCCGCGAAGCCGGCAAGCUGCCUCCUCCCACGGUGUCCGUCGUCAAACCCCGAUCGCAUAUCUCGUCUUUGGCAUCUACACAGUCGGAAGAGAAGCGAUCCCAAAUCUCCUCUUCGGCAUCGACAAAGUGGAAAGAGAAGCGGAUCGAGAUGGAGCGGGAUAUCGUCCCCAAGGGCGCCUCAGUCGUGGUGGUGGACGAUGUGCUUGCCACGGGCGAGACGCUUUGUGCGGUGCUACAGCUAUUACUUAAAGCGGGCGUCAGUGCCGGGCAUAUCAGCGUCAUGGCCGUGGCUGAGUUUCCCGUGCAUCGGGGUCGAGAAAUGCUACGUCAGCGUGGAUUUGGGGGAAUCAAUAUCCAAAGCCUUUUGGUCUUUGGCGGUGCUUAG